CGACAGUAGGAGCAUUGCAUGCACACGCAAAAAACGACGUAAUACACGUCUUAUUCUGGUUAUUGCCACCGCCGUACGCACUCGUUGACAGUGCACAGCUGGCCGUGGCAGCAGAAUUCAGACGUGAGUCUCAUUAGCCUCUGUCAGCAGCACUGCUUCAUCACAGCAGUUUCAUCGCUGCAUCACGCGCGCCGAACGCCAUCGCCUCGGCACACCGUAGAACACUCCUGCAUCACAACAGCUUCAUCGGCACAUCACGCGCACACCGUGGAAAUAUGGCCGAGCUCACGGAACCCCGCAAGCGCAAGUCCGAGGAAACGGCACCGGCCCAGAAGCGCGACCGGAAAGGAGCCGCACGACCGAACAUCCUCGUGACGGGCACGCCGGGCGUCGGCAAGACGCGCGCCGCCGAGGCCAUCGCGGCGCGCCUCGGCCUGCAGCGGCUCGGCGUCUCGGAGCUCGCGAAGUCAUUGAAAGCGUUCGAGGAGUUCGACGAGGCGCGGCAGUGCCAAGUGCUCGACGAGGACCGCGUGCUGGACGCGAUGGAGCCGGACCUGGGCCGGGGCGGGUUUGUAGUCGACUACCACGCGUGCGAGCUCUUCCCCGAGCGCUGGUUCGAUUUGGUGCUCGUGCUGCGCGUCGGCACCGAGACUUUAUAUGAUCGCCUCACGGCGCGCGGCUACCCCGAGCCGAAGCUCCAGGAAAAUCUGCAGUGCGAGAUCAUGCAGGUCGUCCUCGAGGAAGCCAGAGAGGCCUACGCCGCGGAGGUCGUCGUGGAGUUGAGGAAUGAGAGCGAGGCCGACCUCGAGGCGACGCUUGCGCGGGUGGCUGCGUGGCGCGACGCGUGGAAUAAUUCUUGAG